GAUCAAGGAGGGAGGUGCCAACAAAAAGAAAUUAACUUUGCUCAAUGAGCGGCGAAGGCGAGCAUGUAUUUUAUAAUUUACUUUGUUCACACAUUUUAUCAAGUUGGGCUAAAAAAAAUUGAAAUUAGAAAUAAUAAUUUUUUUUGUUUCAUUUAAAUUUCAUUGAAAUUCAUUCUCAUCAUAUAACUUGUAUAUGUGAGUGUGUAUGUGAUUCGAUUGUAUUAUCACCAUCUUCAUUUCAUCAGAAUGUUAUCAGCACAGCAACAACAACAAUCGAAUAAUUCACAGCAAUCGAAUUUAGGACCAACAAAACAAUCAACAGGAACGAUAACGAAAAUUCUUGACAAUUUUGGUUUCAUCGACGAUUCUGUUUUCUUUCCAUUGAGUGUUGUCAAAGGUGGUGCAUCACAAGUAAAAGUUGGUGAUAAAGUAUUUUUCGAAUGUACAUAUUCGAAAAAUUUACCAUUCAAUUGGAACGCAACGAUUGUACAACCGAUCCAUCAACAGCCAUCUCAACAACAACCACAGCCACCACCUUCAUUACAUCAAACAUCACAAUCAUAUCAACAUACUCAAUCAUCACCAGCAUCGUUACAGCAACAUCAUCAUCAACAAUCAUUGCAUAGCGUGGCGCCAUCUCAUCCAUCUUAUAAUCCUUCACAAACACCACCAUCAUCAUCAUCAUCAUCAUCAUUACAAUCGAAUACAAUUAAUAGUAAUACAAAUAAUAAUCCGGCAACACAACAACAAACGAAUAUGUAUCAUUCACAUAAUCUUCCUCAUCAACAACAGCAACAACAUGUACAACCUACAAAUCAUCCAUUAUCCGGCGGACAAUUAGGAUACUCAUCGGCUGUUGCUGGUGGUCAUUUGGGUCACCCAUAUCAUCCACAACAACAGCAACAAUUAUCAUCUUUAAAUAGUGGUCAAAAACCAUCACCAUAUGGUACGGCAAGUCUUCAGCCGCCACCAUCACAGCCACCACAGGUUUAUAAUCCAACAGUUGCUUAUCAUCCAUCUGCUACAUCCGGUGGUAUACAAUCGUCACAAACAACCGGAUCGAUAACAUCGACAAAUAAUUCAACAGUUGCGGCCGCAGCAGCUGCUGCUGCAGCAACCGUGUCACCUGUAGAUUUGGCUAAAGCGGCUGCUGCUGUUCAACAAUUAUCCCAAUAUUGUACAACAGCAAAUCCGGUUACUAAUAGUACUGUGGGACAACAACAAUCGAAUCCAUCUGGACAAUAUGGCAGUGUUGGUGGUGGAGGAGGGCCAGGCCAUCAUCCUGGUUCUUUACAAUAUACAUCAACACCUGGUUCAGCUUUUAUAAGUUCACCAUUCAAUCAACAGUCAAAACCUCCAACUGUUCCUGGUACUGGUGGACCUUCAAGACAAGGAUCUGGUCGAUGGGAUCAUCAACGUGAUGAUCCACGUACUGGUGGUGGUGGUGGUCUUCGUGGCCCUAGUCGUGAAGAUCCACGUUCAGCUAACCGUUUUGGUUCGAAACCAUCUCGAUUUAGUGAUGCUGUUCCGGAACGAUUUCAGCCGCCACCUUCACAACCCCUACAUCAACAAGGUCCUAAUCAACCUACGAAUUUUGGUCGUAGUGGUCCGGAUUAUUCAUUAGGUGCUAAUCAACGAAAAUUGUUACAAUCAACUGGUGGUGGUGGUGGUGGUAGUCUUGGUGAUCAACAUUCGUUCAACGAAGAUCGAGGUCGAUUUCAAAGGGAUAAAGAUUUUCGUCAUGAUAAUCGUCGUGGUGAUCGUGACCCGAAACAAGUGGAUAAUAAUAUUCAUAAAAACUUGGAACGACAAAAUGAUUCACAUCGUCGCGAAAAUCGCCGAGAUCAUCGUGAACGAGAUCGAACAUCAAAACGUUCGAUUUCCCCAUCACCAAGUUUAACUAGUAAUAGUACAGCUGGUGGUACAUCGAAUCGUCGUAAUGAAUCAUCAUCGGCAUCGAAUCUAAUGUCCUAUCUACCUAAACGACGUUAUGAACCAUGUAACAUACCGAAAUCAUCGAUAAUCAAAAAUCGAUACAAUUCAACUGAAUUGAAAUCACGUUUCGGUUCCAAUACUGUACAUGUACCAUCAGAUUUGAAGGAAAUCAUAUACGACGUUGAAAAUGGUUUUGAUUUAUUCAAUAUGCCUAAACCAAUUCUUUAUAAAAUUAUUGUUCCAGUUAAAAAAGAUACAUCGUCAUUACAUCAUCAUCAUAAGGAAAAUUCAAGGAUUUCAAAAUCUUCCCAAGUGACAAACAAUAUUAAACCGACACAAAAAGAUAAGGAUACAAAAGAAAUUUCAAAAGAUGAAAAUGAUAAAGAAAAACAAUCGGAUAAAUCACAACAGCAGCCAAAACCGCAAGAGGAAGAAAGUAGUGAUAAGAAAAUGGAUGAAAUCGGCCAAAAUGAUAAGAAAAUAGAAAAUGAACAACAAUUACAAACCGAUACAUCAAUCAAAUCUGCAUCGACUAUGGAAGUGGAUCAGCCACCAACAACUGCAGACGCAUCAACAAUACAAACACCCGAAGAAGAGGAAGUUGAUAAGGAAGAACAGGAUAAAGAGGAAGAAUCAAAUGACACAGAAAAACAAUCGAUCGAAAAUCAACAAUCAAUUAAAACGGAAAAUGAAACAAAUGCUAAAAUAGAUGUUGAUACCGAUGUUGAUGAUAAUGAUGAUGAUGAACAUGAACAUGAUGAUAAAAUCAAAAUGAAAACAAAUGAAGAAAUGAAGAAAUGCGCAGAAUCGGAUGAAUCUUCUAAACAUAAAGAUGGAGAAAAAGAUACGAAACAUUCGAAGAAAUCUGUAAAAGUUUUGAGCCAUAAAUUCAAUGUAAAAGUAUUGCUUAUAUCAUUACCAUCAUUGGCUGAAAUUUAUGAACGUUUAUUUGGAUCAGAAUUUCCUGGUCCACAAAGUGGUGGCGGUGGUCAUAAAUCCGCAAAUCAUGUUGGACAUUUUCAUAAGUUAUUUCAAUUAUUAGUCACACGUAAUAGUAAUGAUGGAUAUUCAUUGAUUGGUGGAAAAUUUCAGCGUGAUCUGGAUGGCUACAUGGAUAAUGAUGAACCGAAUCUAAUCAAUACGGCUAUACGAAUUGUUUGGGAACAAACUGGUCUCAAUCUAUCAUCAUGUCGACAAUGGCGUGUAUUCUCUACAUUCAUAUAUAAUCGUGACAAUUCAAUUGAUCCAUUAAAUUCUGGUUAUGAGGUGACCAAAAUUUAUUUUCCAGAUAUUUGGUCAUCAUUUGAUAGUAUUUAUCGUCCAUUUAAAAAUGAUAUAGAAGAUUCGAAUAAUAUUUCAAUCCCCACUACUACAGAUUUGAAAUCAACGACCAGUAAACAGACUAGUGAUAUAAAGCCAGAAUCCAAUGAAUCAUCAACAAAAUCGAAAGUUGAAUCCAAAAAAGUAGAACAAAUGGAAACAAACACUGAUGACAAUGUGACAGUUUCAUUGAAACUUUCAUCUACUGAUCGUGUUUGCAUUAAAGAUGUGCCGAAUGAAGAGAAAAAAGAAUAUAUAGAGAAAUUAUUGCAAACGAUGGCUGGUCUUAAAGUGGCUGAAUUAAAAAAUGAAUUAGAAAAAUUUUAUAUACGUUUCGAAAGUCGUUGGAAAAAAGAACAAUUAUUUCAACGUUUGCAACAAGUAUGUCAAGAAUCAUUGCGAAUUCUUUCCGGUGAAGAUAGUGGCCAUGGUCAUAGUAUCGGAAUUGAUGGACAACAAGAUUUGACUAUUGGCAAAUCUGAAGAUAUCAAUAUGAUUGAUGAUCAUUAUGAGGAAAAUCAAUCAUCUCCACUGAAUUCUCAAAUGGAUGAUAAUGAAGAUUUGAUAUUGUUGUCUGGUCAGAAACGAAAACUCGAUGAUUCUAAAGUUGCUAAUUAUGAUGAUGAUAAUCUUGCUAAUGGUGAUGAUGAAGAUGAAUCAAAGUCGAAGGAAACAAUUAUGAAAAAAUCUAAAUCUGAACAACAACAUGAACAAGAAUCGAAUGAUUCAAAAAUAGAAGAAUCACCAUUCAAACAACAUAAAAAACAAUUGAUGGAUAAUAAUUUUACAGCCAUACCAUCGUCGAUAAAAGUAAAAACUGGAUCGGGUCAACAACCAUUAUCAAUAGUAACAUUACAAUCGGCAUUGAAUCCACAUCGUUUUGAUCAAUUUGAAUUGAUUAUUGUUGCCGAAUUCAUUCGAGAUUCAUUGACCAUGCAUUUUGCCCGUUAUAUUCUGUCUUCCAUCUUUGAAUGCAUACAGCAACAGAAAUCGAUUAUACCAGCAACAUUACCGGUUGCUGCAAAUACGGAUACCAAUAGUACAAGUGGUCGUAUACCAACACCAAUCAAUUAUGUUCAUCUGGCAUUCUCAUAUUUUGAAAAAGGUCAUUGUGGCUAUAUGUUGGCCGAUGAUCUCAAUACAUUGUUACAAUCGACUGGAUUCAUACAAUCGAAGAAAACAUUUCAAUCACUAGUCUCAUCAUUAUUAUCGUUGGCCAAUAUUCAUAUAUCAUCAUCAUUGAUGAAUGAAAGAAUAAUGUACAUAUUUUUUCCACAACCAUCACAAUUAAUACCACGACAGAUACAUUAUCCAACCGUAUCAUACUCAUCGUGUUCGUCAACUAAUCGAAAUAUGGCCAUUGGUUCGGCUGAUAAUACUAAGGAUCAAACACUGAUUAUCGAAAGAAAUUCUAUACAAUAUAAUGUUGAGGAAUUGAUAAAACAAUCGGAACAGGAUCAAAAGAUCAAAGUUUGUCUUCAGGAUUCAAUGACGCAAACAACAAAAAAGAUUGCUCAUUUGGAAAAUUAUGUACAAGAAUUGGAAACUAAACAAAAGAAAAUGACAGCUGCCACUGGCCGACAAAAUGAGGAACUUUGUGCUGUAAAACGUGAUCGUGAUCAAAUCAAAUCAAAGUAUGAACAAUUGAAAAAAUUUUGUUUGAAAUCUGUGAACGAUUUGAAUGGAUUGAUGAAAACACUCGAAGGUUCAAAUGAUCCGAUAAAAUCAUCAAUGGAUACUCCUACUACUACUACAGCAACAAAUUCGACUUCUGCUACAACUGCCGCUGCCGCUACGCCGGAAAUAACCAGUGGAACUAAAUAAUCUAUGAAAAUCCAUAUUAAUUCUUUUACCGUUUUUUCUGUAAUCAGUUUUUUCAGUUUAAAACCAGAAUUUUCAAUCACACACCACUUAUGCCCACAAAAAACGAAAUUAAUUUUUUUUUUCUUUCCCAAUUUCUC